CAUCACUGAGAAAGUUGCGUUCUCCUCCAGAGGUAGCCGCCAUUGUUACAGCCUCGAGCGAUCAUGUUGCGCAGAAACAUUCGUCUAAGGAGGGAAUACCUCUACCGAAAGAGCUUAGAAGACAAAGCUCACUCGCUCUAUGAGAAGAAGCGCAAAAUUCGAGAAAUCCUCGAAGAGGGAAAACCGAUUCCCACUGAGCUUCGGAACGAGGAGGCUGCUCUUCGCCAUGAAAUUGAUCUCGAGGAUGAAAACACCGCAGUGCCGAGAACGCAUAUCGACGACGAGUACGCUAAUGCAGCGGAAAGGGAUCCUAAAAUUUUGAUAACUACAUCCAGGGACCCAAGUGCUCCGCUUCAACAGUUUGCAAAGGAAUUAAAAUUUGUCUUCCCUAAUGCGCAACAAAUGAAUCGUGGUGGGCAGGUUAUUUCUGAAAUUAUUGAAACCUGCCGUGCUCAUGAUUUCUCUGAUGUUGUAUUGGUCCAUGAACAUCGUGGAGUACCAGCUGCGCUAACUAUAAGCCAUUUGCCUUUUGGUCCAACUGCUUCUUUCCAGUUACUCAAUGUGGUUACAAGACAUGACAUUAAGGACAAGAAAGGCAUCGGAACAAUGCCUCAGGCCUACCCACAUUUGAUUCUUAAUAAUUUUACAACCAAGCUGGGUGCGAGGACAGCAAAUAUUUUGAAGCAUCUCUUUCCAGUGCCAAAGCCGGAUACGAAACGCAUCAUCACUUUUGCCAAUCAAUCUGAUUAUAUUUCAUUCAGGCAUCAUGUUUAUGAGAAGCAAGGAGGUCCUAAGUCCAUUGAGCUGAAGGAGAUUGGUCCUCGUUUUGAACUGCGGCUUUACGAGAUAAAGUUAGGGACGGUGGAUCAACGUGAAGCACAAAUUGAAUGGGUGAUUCGACCGUAUAUGAAUACAGCCAAGAAGCGGAAGUAUCUUGGCGAUUGACGUAACUGCUUGGUGUUUACGCUUCUCAAUGGGGUUUUGGUUUACCAGAUGAAGUUGCGCACAUCGAUCAAACUGAAGCCCAACCAAUUGUCAACAUACCAUAAAAGAAUGCUCUCAAGAAUAUGAAGUUUUGCUAGGGAUUGACUCCAUCUCAAAAGCUUUUGGGCUUGAGCUUAUUGGUUUCUUUUCUUUCUCUUUUUUAUUUUUUAUUUUUUAUUUUUUAUUUUAUAAAAAAAAUCAGAGAGAGAGCGAGUGAGCCUUAUUGGGGUUUUUAUUUGGCUUGCUUAGUUCUGGUUCUUGGUUCAUGUACCAUUAAGUUGGUAAAUUUUCAUUAUAGAUUUUUUUUCCCUUUCUUCAAAAUCCUGUUAAUUUGU